CCACUUCUCAAACAGAAAAAAAACCAAGCCACCUGCUCAAACCAAACCUCCUAGGUGUAACCCUUUCGGGUUGACUGCCCAUGCAACUCGAAACCUGUCUCAAAACACACCAAAACCCCAAACCCAUAUGUGGCAGCCCCCAACCUCCCUUACCUCUCCUAUAAAACCCCCACACUCUCCACUCCUCACUUCCCAUCAGAAACCCAUUUCACAGCAAUGGCCAAGUCCUCAUUGCUCUCCGGUUUCUUCUGUUUUCUUGUUCUGUUCCACUGCUCCGUCGCUUAUAGCGGGCGGCAGCAACGGGAGCAGCAGGGGCAGCGCGGGCAGCGGCAGCAAGGCGAGUGCCAGCUCAAUAACCUGAAUGCCCAAGAACCGCAGCACCGGAUCCAAGCUGAAGCCGGGGUGACCGAGUUCUGGGACUACAAUGAUGAUCAGUUCCAGUGCGCCGGCGUUGCCGCUUGCCGUCAUAUCAUCCAGCCCAGAGGCCUUUUCUUGCCCACCUACACCAACGCCCCCCAUCUCAUCUACAUCGUCCAAGGUAGGGGAUUCCAAGGGGUGAUGAUGUCUGGUUGCCCCGAGACAUUCCAGUCAUCACAACAAUCUGAAGGAGGAGGAGGACGACGCGAAGGAGCGGGUCAGAGAUUCCGAGACCAGCAUCAGAAGAUCCGCCACUUCCGAGAGGGCGAUGUUAUUGCGAUCCCCGCCGGAGUUGCACAUUGGUGCUAUAAUGACGGCGACAGCGAACUCGUUGUUGUUACGGUGGAAGACCUUGGCAACAAUCAAAACCAGCUUGACAACAACCCCAGGAAAUUCUUCCUCGCCGGAAACCCACGACAACAAGGACAAGGACAACAGCAGCAGCAAAGAGAAUUCCACCGCCGCGGGGGACGGGAGGAACAUAACUUCGGAAACGUUUUCAGCGGCUUCGACACCGAGGUCUUGGCGGAGGCAUUCGGAGUGGACAGAGAGAUGGCGAGGAAGCUUCAGGGGCAAGAUGACAACAGGGGCCACAUCAUCAGGGUGGAAGGAGAUCUUCAGGUGCUCAGGCCGCCGAGGAGUCGGGAGGAACAAGAACAGCAGGAAAGAGGAAGCGAGUACCACGCCAACGGCUUGGAAGAGACCAUCUGCAGUGCCAGGCUCCACGAGAACAUCAACGAUCCGUCGCGCGCCGAUAUCUUCAACCCACGAGCCGGGCGUCUCACCACUGUCAAUGGGUUCAAUCUACCCAUUCUCAACUUCCUCCGACUAAGUGCAGAGAGAGGAGUCCUCUACAGGAAUGCCAUGAUGGCACCACUGUGGAAGAUCAACGCCCACGCCGUGCUCUACGCAACAAGGGGGGAAGCCCAGGUGCAGAUCGUAGACCACAGAGGACAAUCAGUGUUCAACGACAGGAUCCGGGAGGGACAGCUAGUCGUGAUCCCACAGAACUUCGUGGUGACGAAGCAGGCCGGGAACGAGGGGUUCGAGUGGGUGGCCUUCACGACCCACGAGAACGCCAUGUUCAGCACUCUGGCAGGUCGCACCUCGGCCCUGCGCGCCAUGCCGGUGGACGUCUUGGCGAACGCGUACCAGAUGUCGAGGGACGAGGCGAGGAGGUUGAAGUUGAGUAAGGAGGAGACCGUGAUGAUGGAAUCAAGGUCAAGGUCCGGGAGGAGAGAUGUUGCUUAAGAAGUUAACUACUAUGUGUAGUAGUGAUGCGGUUUGUUCUUUUUGCUACGUACUACUACUAUGGAUGAGAAUAAAAAGGUUUUUUUAUUUUCUCUAUUAUGUAAGGAGAGGGUUUUCCAACUGCAUGUGAAUGAAUAAGUGUUGUGUA